AUGAAAUCCAAGGAAGUUUACUGGAAGAUACCUGACGCUUACCCAAAUCACUACACAAUCUCCUACCGCGCGGCCAUAGAGGAACUGCGUCGGUGCUGCAUUCGAUGCUCUGGCGACUCCACACUCUUUGCCAACGUCCUUCUACUCAUGAAUGAGAUGCAGUCAAUAAGCCCCGAGGCCAUACACUGCCUCUUCUCGGUGGACAAACUGUCUGCGCUGUUCUCUCAAAGUCGGAGCACAAAUGUGGGCUCCACUCCGCACGGUCCCCCUCCCACCUCCAUCCACUAG